UGUUGUGUUUAUUUGUGUUGAUUUCAUUUGAUUUUCGAUUUCGAAAUUCUUGCUAAUUACGAAAUGGAAUACUAGGUUAUUGUUAAACUUAAUAAAUAGUGAACCUCACGUCUUCAAAAUGAAUCAAUUCGAUAAGUAUAGAAAGUUUCUAUUGAAUAGAAUGACUUCUAGUCAAGAAGUCGUCGAAUAUAUUGAAAAAUGUUUGGUAUCAGAGGACGACAUGGCAAAACAUUCGUUUCAUAAAAUCUUGGUUUGCAGAUGGCCAGACGGUGAUGUAAAACUGUUUGAAACUCUACAUGAAUAUUUUGGUCUCACAUUCAUACCUGUUAACUUCACAGAAACAAAUCUACUAACAUCUUUUUAUACAAACAGUUUGAUGUUGGUCUUGAAGAUAAUGAAAAUGGAUUUCAUGUUUCCCCACUGCCGAAAUAUGUUCAGUUUGGAUAUAUUACUGAACGAUAAGACAUCUACAGAGUGUUUUGAAGAAAAGGCUACAAUUGAUCAAAUUGUCACCCACGUUGUUAGCCAUCGUUUUAAUGAACAUCGUGAAUUGAAUUUGUCGAACUUUUGUAAUGAUAUAGUACUUAAGGAUAAGAAAAUCAACUUUUAUAAACUUUCUCUGCUUUCACAUUUUAAAAUCCUAAUGAUCAGAAUGGGUAGAGACACCAAAAUAUUAAACUUGUCUUCCAAUAAUUUAAGUCAUGUUCCAUUAGAAAUAUUAAACUUUUUCAUCAAAGGAGACCUAAUAGGUGUUAAUUUAAGUAAUAAUAAUAUUCCAUCAGUAGCCGAGUUGCAAAGGAUAAGUAGCAAAAUUGAAAAGCUGUGGGUGGAAGGGAAUCCACUUUGCGAAGAUGACCUGGAUGUAGUAACUUACAUACGACAAAUUGCACAGAAGUUCCCCAGAUUGACUGAAUUGGAUGGAGUGCCAUUAAACGAACACGGUAUAAUGAUGCCGUUUUUCAAGAACUUCACAAUCGCGUCAGACAGAAAAACUAAAUUGGUACUAGAGAAAUUUAUAUCCCUCUACUUUGCUCAUUAUGAUUCGCAACGGAGAAAAAUAGAAAUGUUCUAUGAUCCUGGUGCCAAUUUGACACUUGCUACAGAUUUUACAGAAUCCCCAGAAGACCUAUUAAUGGAGCCCUAUGCGAUGCAUUCUCGCAACUUCCUCAACCUGGUGAAGCGAGCAAUGGUCAUGGAGAAAAAUAAGAAGUUGUAUAAAACGCGUAAGGCUGUUACCGGCGUGCUCUGUAUACUGCCAGAGACUGUCCAUGACCUGAGCACCUUCAAUAUCGACGUAUUAAAACAUGACAACAAAUCCAUGGUUCUAGUCAUAGACGGCGUGUACAAGGAGAAGCCCAAAUACAACAAAGAUCGUUUCAUACACUUCAGAAGGACAUUCAUAAUGCACAUUACCCCCACGGAAUUUAACAAUACAUUGUCAAAUUAUAUGAUCGUACAUGAAAUGUUCUCAGUUUCUUUGGCGACGCCUGAACUCAUCAGAAACAGUUUUAAGGAUCCAAUCAGGAAUUGUUGUCAGUUGACGCUAAUUAAUCCUGAUCAUGAAGACAGAAAGGCCAUGUGCAGUAUAUUCAGUAAUUAUACACAACUGAACAAAUACGAGGCCGAGAUUCGUCUCAAACAACACAAUUGGGAUAUAAGGAAGGCACUGAAGCAAUUCAUGACAGAUUUAAAGAAUGAUGCAGUGAGCUUGGAUAAAUAUGGACAUAAUAAAAUGGAUGAAGAUGAUUUUUCAGAUUUAUCGUCCCUUUUAGAUGAAGAUGAAAUUGAUUAAUUAUAUUAAAACUAUUUUUACUGUCUA